GUGGUGCAAAUAUAAAAGGCAAGCCAUGUGACAGAGGGACAGAAGAACAAAAGCAUUUGGAAGUAACAAGACCUCUUUUUAGCUCUCUGAAGAGUUCAAGGGGAGGAAGGAGUGGUGCAUUUACCAAAGUAGGUAGCCGACCCCGCCAGCGUGACACGUAAUGCGGCGUGGCUGUGCAGCCGGGAGCUGACAGGGAGGAUGCUGCAGGACCCCGGACCGCCAGCUGAAGGAGAGAGGGAGACUCUUCUCCUCCGUUCCCGGCGGAUCAUUUCCCUGUGUGUCAGCGCCAGAGGCACGAGCACAACUGUUCUCUGUUUCUUUGGGACAAAAGAAGAGUUCCACUGUGAUGAGCCCAGUGACAAAGUGUCAGUGUAGUGGCACUGCGAGGCUCGGGAGCGGACGCUGCCCCGGGGGAGCCCGGCUGAGGAGGAGAGCCCCGUCUCCCCGCUGGGAUUCAGAUGCUGCGCUUUAAUUAAUGUGGAAGAGACUGACACUGAGGAAGCACUGCCUGACAAGUAAGCAACGGUCUUUUUGGUCAGGGUUGUGAUUUAUGUUGCUUUUACCCCAGCUGCGCAGAGAGAUCCUUUGAUGGAUUACAAUCUCGGUAAACUCCAACUCGAGAAGAAGAAUGUCGGCUAAGACACUUAAACCAGACUUUUCACCGUCCUGGAAAGGAACUGGCUCCCAGAAUUUGGAGUUUUUUUAAUACUCUACCUCCCUCUGCUGUUACCAGCGAGAAGUUCCUCGACAAUGGGAAAUCAUGUACUCGCAGCUUCGAUUUCCAUGCUCUCGCUCCUGGCGAUGAUGGGAGACACGGACAGUAAAACAGACAGUUCCUUCCUGAUCGACUCCGACCCCAGCCGCUGUAUGAGGCACCACUACGUCGACUCCAUCACCCACCCCCUCUACAAGUGUAGCUCCAAGAUGGUGCUGCUGGCUCGCUGCGAGGGGCGCUGCAGCCAGACGUCGCGCUCGGAGCCGAUGGUGUCCUUCAGCACGGUGCUGAAGCAGCCCUUCCGCUCCACCUGCCACUGCUGCCGCCCCCAGACCUCCAAGCUGAAGGCCAUGAGGCUGCGGUGCUCGGGGGGCAUGCGGCUCACGGCCACCUACCGCUACAUCCUCUCCUGCCACUGCGAGGAGUGCAACUCCUAGGGGCGCGGUGCCACAGCAGGGAGGGGACUGGCGUGCUGCCGACGGGAAAGACUCCCGAGAAACAGUCCGGAGUCAAGCCGAUGCUCCCGGCACACGAUCGCAGCGAGGACAGGACUAACCAGGCUGGAUUGAAUCCGAGAGCCGAAGCGCAAAAUACCCUGAGGUGCUGGAUGGUGGAUGCCGGUACCACGGUGUGCUAAGGUGAAAGCGUGAGGACUUGUUUUUGAGAAGCCUUUCUUUUUUUCUGAAAGGAUAUUUUCGAGAGUUUCUUCUUUUUCAGGCUCAGCUCUGACUACAGAGCUUUUACUGCUGGCCAUGGUCAUCUGGAUGACAGCACUGAGCUCUGGAAGUUGAGGUUUGGACAGAGGAUGGGCAUCAGUUCCCACAUACAACCUCUUAACCUAUCAAUUUAUUCUCAGUUUCCUACUUAUACUGGCCUUCAAAACAAACUGUGCCGUUGGCAAGGGUCAUCUAUUACUGAUCUAGCAGCCAAGUGCUGGAUGACUUUAACUGUGGUUUAGCAGAAAUUACAAAUAAACCAUUGAAAAGUAAACUGAAUCUGAAAUGCUGUGCUGGGAAUACCCAACCCUAGCCAGCUGAAAUGAUUAUUUGCACCAUAUGUCAUCAGAGUUCAGUGUCUGAAUGACUCUUGAGAAGUGAAAGGUCAUGAAACUCACUAGUACCCUCUGAAAGCCUAGAAAGGUGACACAUCACAUCUGUCACAAAAGCCAUUAUUCAGCCUUCAAAAACUAAUCAGAUAUUAAAAUA